CCUCAUCCAAAGGGAAAAAAGGACCCGGAAAAGAAACAGUCACAGACAGAUACCAGCACCAACAAUAUCCAAAUUAUUCCGAAGCUAGCAGCAGCUCAUCGACACGCUCAAGAGCAAGAGCUAGCAAGUGAGCAAGAAGGAAGCCCGCCAUGCAGACGCCAGCCAUGUCGACGUCCAUGGCCGCCACGCCCACGACGACCCGUGCCGUGGCGCCGGCGCCGGCGGCAAAGUCCCCCGCGCCACGGCAAUACUGCAACCACCUCCUCCCCUCCGCCACCAGCCACCGCCGCCGCCGCGGCAGCGUCGUGGCGCGGUCGGCGAAGAAGAGGAACCCGUGGCUGGACCCGUUCGACGACGGUCCCGACGAGGAGUUCGACUACCAGGGCAUGUUCGCCGGCGGGAAGCAGGAGGAGGACCCGCGGCCGCCCGAGGACCCGGCGAACCCCUACGGGUUCCUCCGGUUCCCGCAGGGGUACAACCCGGAGCUGGACAGCCUGGCGUCCAAGGUCCGCGGCGACGUGCGCCGCGCCUGCUGCGUGGUGUCGGGUGGCGUCUACGAGAACGUGCUCUUCUUCCCCGUCGUGCAGAUGCUCAAGGACCGGUACCCCGGCGUGCUGAUCGACGUGGUGACGUCGGCGAGGGGGAAGCAGGUCUACGAGAUGUGCAAGAACGUCAGGUACGCCACCGUCUACGACCCCGACGACGACUGGCCGGAGCCCGCCGAGUACACUCACCAGCUCGGCAUCCUCAAGAAUAGAUACUAUGAUUUGAUCCUGUCGACGAGGCUGGCCGGGAUCGGGCACGCGCUCUUCCUCUUCAUGUCGUCGUCGCGGGACAAGGUCGGCUACGUUUACCCCAACGUCAACAGCGUCGGUGCGGGGCUGUUCCUCAACGAGAUGUUCAAGGCGCCGACCACCAACCUCUCAGACGGCGGCUACCACAUGUACACGGAGAUGCUGGAGUGGAUCGGCCGGCCGGCGAAGAACGUGCCCCGGCAGCCGACGCCGCCGCUGCGGGUGUCCAUCUCCAAGAAGCUGCGGGCGUACGUGGAGGGCAAGUACAGCCGCGCCGGCGUCGAGAAGGGUAAGUACGUCGUCGUCCACGGCAUCGCCUCCGACUCCGUUGCCAGCAUGAAGUCCAGGGGCGACGACGACUGCCUACUCCCCCUCGAGCACUGGGCUCAAAUUGCCAAGGAGAUCAGCUCUGACGACAAGGGGCUGAAGCCUCUGUUCGUGAUCCCCCAUGAGAAGCACAGGGAGGAGAUUGAGGAGGAGGUGGGGGAGGACACCAACAUCCUGUUCCUCACUACCCCAGGCCAGCUCACCUGCCUCAUCAAUGACUCCGCCGGAGUCGUCGCGACCAACACCGCCGCCGUCCAGCUCGCCAAUGCCCGCGACAAGCCAUGUGUGGCGCUGUUCUCCUCGGCUGAGAAGGCGAAGCUGUUCCUGCCGUACGUCGAGGAUAAGGGGAGCUGCACCGUCAUUGCAUCGGCAACAGGGAAGCUGAUCGACAUCGACAUCGAGGCCGUGAAGAAGGCAGUGAAGGACUUCGAGCCCGCUCCAAGCUUCGCAUUGGCAUAACAGUACAUAGAGAUUCACAGAGAAUUUAUAUGAGCCACAAAGCUGGCAACAAGAUUUCAGUGUCUUUCGCAAUUUCAAUUCAGCACUAAUGCCAUUUCUAGAUUAGUAUAAGAAUCAGAGGGAUUCCACACACAAUGUUGCAGCUAUUACAACUGCAAAUACCAGACAAUGCGCUUUCUGGUGCCA